AUGGCCGCCUCCCGAAGAGGCCAACCGGAGCUGCACGUUCGGUUGCCUCCGCGAUCCCCGAGUACUGGCACCGGCCUCACCACUGGCACCUCGCUCGCCGCGCCCCAGCAGCUCGACCUCCCGCCCAUCUCGGCCGUCUUCCUCAUCGAGUUCGACGUCAAGGCCGGCUACACGCUGACUUGGAAGGCUGCAGAGCCCGGCAUUGAGCUCGAGGGCGCCGUCGAGUACAAGUCCCUGCCCUCGGGCGCGCACACGGUCACCGACGACCUCAUAUACUUUGUACACGAGCGCUAUGCCGGACUGAGCGCCUUUGUCAAUGCCCCGAUCCAGGACACCGAGUCUAGGAAUGCUCGCAUGUUGGCGGUCGGCGUGCUGGUGCCGCUGAGCUAUGGACGGCUCGGACGAGCUUGGAGGCAUGCCGAAGGUCUGAAGGAGAUUGCGUCCAAGAUGGUUGUCAGCGGGAAAGAGGUCAGCGUAUUAGAACAGUAUUGGGAGAAGAACAAGGCCCGCGAUGAGUCUACAGAGCAGGACGCUCGGGCGUCCAAGGAAUCUUUGGACUUGCCCUCUGUCACAUUCGAGGACCAACCGAAGCCGCCAAAGAAGCAGAAGCAUACUAGGCAUAGGUCUGCUUCUGAUGGGACAGGACUGCUGGCACCCGGUCACAAGUUGUCGCCGUUCCAUCCAGCCUGGAGCUUAACGGCCUUGCUGGAUACCUUUGGACCGCUCAUUUAUCCGAUACACCGAGCUGCACUAUUGCGAAAGCGCAUUCUAAUUUCAUGCCAUGCGCCAGUACAAGAAAUCUGUAAUUUUGUGUACAAUAUUUCCAUCCUUUCCAACAUUCCACUUCCCACAUAUGAGAUUCUUCCUCCAGAAGGACCCUCGCAUCGUCUGCGGCCUCUUUUCAACAUAGGAGUCCAUGACAUUCCCUUCUUGGUCGAGGAUGCCAAGUCGAAAAGAAGUGAAGACGAAUCUUCAGAUCAAGAGUCGGGGCUAGGUUCCGGAUGGAUAGCCUGUACUACCGACAGCAUCCUCGCCCUCAAGGACACCUUGUGGGAUAUGUUGAUAACCAUGCCUCCACCGCAUGCUUCUGCCGGCAAGGUCCGGGCUUGGCCUACCGUCGAGUGUCCACGAGGCGUGCCAGUCAAGGCUACUCAGCGAGAUCUCCGCAGAUACAAGGCUCUGCGUACUGGCUUGUCCAGGGUGCAAAACAACAGUAAUGUCGUUGCAGAGAGCCCAGAAUCACCUAGGCCACCCACUGUUUUAACAAAUCCCCAACAGCAGACCCAAGACGACCCGAGUCUAGAUGAGGCGGAAAAGAUUGUCGAGCCGCUCUCGUGGGCGGCACUGGCCUAUAACGGCUUCAUGUGGUGGGCCUCGGCUGGAGAACAGGCCCGAGCUGAUGAGGUCGAAGAGUCGUCCAAUGACGCCUCACUGCUGGCGGAGGUGACGCAUCCCAACAUGUCAAUGCACAUGACUUCAUCCCUUGGGUCCAUGAGGCGAACGUCUUCGAUUGGCGGUCUCGGAGGACCGCUUCCCAUGGACGAGGCGAGGGCUGAACUCGCCAUCAUAACAUACUUUCACCGCCUGACCUCGCAGCUCCUCACGAGAUUUGCCGAGAUUGUAGAGAGCAGCGAGGUGGACGAGGAGGGGGAGCCGAGUAAUGAGGAUGACGACGCUAUGCUUCCCGACGAAGUCAGGGAAGACUAUGAUGGGGCCAUUCGAAUCAAUCCCGAAGAAAUCAAAUCAAUGGGCCUGGAUCGCUGGAGUAAGAGCGAUGCCGAAUUUAUCCACGAGUUGGCUGAUGUAUAUUUCGGCAGAUCGGCCUAUGUGGAAGGCAAGCCGGUCGAAGUCUGCGGCGUUCGGGUUUGUUAA